ACGCCAUCGGAAUAAUGAUUAAAACUAGUAAACCACUGAGUUCAUUGGAUAAACUAAGAAUUUCCCAUUUUUACUUGGUAUCACUGACAUCUACUGCAAAGAGAGUUUAAAAACUCAAAAUUACAUUUGUAUCAUUUAUGUUCAUAUACGCUAUUUGUUGGUUUUGAUUCGUUAGACGUUAUCUCACAUAGAUUUUAUCCUUUUAACUUUAGCUCUACAUGAUCUGUGAUUUUAUUUUUGACAUAGUAGCGACUGCUUUGUAAAUUGUAAAUAAAUAUUUUGUUCGUAGCACGUACUUCACGUUUACUUGACCUCCACAUAAUAUUUCUUGGUAAUUACAUACAAUGAAGAGCCUUGGAGUGUCCUGGUUUUUAAAAUACACCGGUUUAUCGAUAUCGGUUGCCUUCGGUAUGUUGCAUUUGUAUAAUAAAUAUAUUGAACGUAAAAGAAGAAAUGCAUUGGAAGGAAAGGUUGUGGUUAUAACUGGCGCUAGUUCAGGCAUUGGUGAAGCACUUUCCCAUGCAUUUUAUGAGUAUGGUUGUAAUGUGAUAUUAGCAUCUAGAAGAAAAUCUGAGUUAGAACGAGUCAAACAGGAUCUUUUGUCUAAAAAAGUGUUUUUACAGGAGAAUGCAGUGUUUGAACCAGUGGUAAUUGAGUUAGAUUUAGCUGAUAAAAAUCAGUUUAAACAAUUUAUUCAAAGGGUUCAUGAAGUUUGUGGAAAGAUAGAUAUUUUGAUAAAUAAUGGGGGUGUUUCACAUAGAGACUCUGUUAUGAAUACCAAAAUGGAUGUUUAUGAAAAGAUAAUGAACAUCAAUUAUUUUGGCUCAGUGGGUCUUACUAAAGCUGCUUUGCCCAGAAUGAUUGAACAAAAAUGUGGCCAUGUAGUAUUUAUUAGUUCGGUUCAAGGCCUUAUUGCCAUCCCUGAUCGAUCUGCUUAUGCUGCCUCUAAACAUGCCCUUCAAGCAUUUAGUGACUCUCUACGUGCAGAAAUGAACCAGCAUAACAUAAAUGUAUCUGUUGUGAGUCCGGGAUAUGUUAAAACAGCAGUUUCUUUAAAUGCAUUGACUGGUUCUGGAGAUAAUCAUGGAGUUAUGGAUAAAAGUACUGCAUGUGGAUUUGCUGCUGAAUAUUGUGCUAUAAAAAUCUUAGACACAGUCGUCCAGAAAAAUAAUGAAUUGGUUGUGAGUCAGAUCACACCCAGAUUGGCUAUAUUUCUGAGACAUGUUGCUCCAUCAUUAUAUUUCUGGAUUAUGGCUAAACGAGCAGUGAAGACUACAUAAGAAAGAAAAUGGGUUGCCCUUGUUCAAUACAAUGGUUCAAUUGAAGAUUUUUGUUCAUUUCUUAAGUUUAAGUUUUAAGCAUUAGUAAGUUUUUUUUAUCUUAGGCAUCAAUGUGUGCAUUGUAAGCAUUAUGAUUGAUUAUUAGUUGAAUUACUUAAUCAAAAUAAUCAAUUAUAAGACUGAGACUUUUUUUACAUAAUUGAAAUAAAAAUUAUGUAUA